CUGGAUAUAAACGAUAGUAAUCAAGCCUUCCCUCGGUUUGCAGUACAUAUCUCAGAUUCUGACUAAUUAGCCUCGUAUUUAUAGUAAAUGCGGGGAGGGUAAGCCAUAUUGAAGAGAAGCUAACUUUCAAACCGAUAGCUACGCAGCCACCAACCUCCUUCCCCAACGUACCAGAUCCAAUCUCUUAUAUAACCAUGGGCAUCGCGAAGGCAACUUUGAACGGCGCCCUUCUCGCCGAAACCUCUACCUGGCAGGAAGUUGAUGAAAAUAUCUACUUCCCCGAAACGGCAAUCAAUAAAUCUCUAUUCAUAGAGUCGGACCACACGACAUAUUGCGGCUGGAAGGGAGGUGCAAAAUAUUAUUCAAUUGUGAUUGGAGAUAUGAUGGUCCCCAAUGCGGCGUGGUAUUAUCCGGAGCCCUACGAGAAGGCAAAACAUAUCAAGAACUUCGUGGCCUUUUAUACCAAUAAGGUAACCGUUACUGUUGAAAAGGGUCCAGGAGAGCGAAGUACAUAAAAUCUUUGGCUGUUCGUUUUAAGGGUCAGCCACAAGGCAUGGUAGCAUUAGUCAACUCGGUCAACAAUCCCGUCCAAUCAGUAUCUUCCAUGGCCAGAUUAGCACUGUUGUCGAGCAU